AUGAGUCCAUUGUCUCGGUAUUUAGACUCUCUGGACUAAAUGAAACGAUGGGAAAAAGAUUUGUGUUUUUUUCUUUGACUGCACUGUAUUAUCCAUUUAUCGUGUUGUGUAAUGUGAUCAUAAUUUACACUGUAAUCUUGCAUAAGAAGCUUCAUGAGCCAAUGUAUGUAUUUAUAUGUAAUUUGUGUAUGAAUGGACUUUUUGGCACAGCUGGAUUUUACCCUAAAUUCAUGUAUGAUUUAUUAUCCCAAUAUCACUUGAUUUCUUAUGCUGGAUGUUUGGUUCAGAUAUUUGUCAUUUAUUCAUCUGUUCUGUGUGACUUUUCAACAUUAACAGUGAUGGCAUAUGACAGGUAUGUGGCAAUAUGUAGACCACUGGAGUAUCAUUCAGUAAUGACCAAUCAGAGAAUUAUUGAAUGCAUUCUUUUCUGCUGGCUUUCUCCCUUUUUUUGCAUGUGUGUUGCAAUUGUGUUAACAUCGAGGCUAACCUUAUGUGGCUCUAGUAUUGAAAAGCUAUAUUGUGAAAACUGGUCAGUUGUUAAACUGUCCUGUUUUUCUACAACAGUAAAUAAUGUGAUUGGGUAUGUAAUCAUUAUUAUAUAUUUUGGACAUGCAGUAUUGAUAUUUUGCUCAUACAUUCACUUGAUUGGAAAAUGCAGAACGUCAACAGAGGGCAGAAAUAAAUUCAUACAAACUUGUGUACCACAUCUGCUUGCAUUGCUCAAUGUGAGUUUUGCAUUGCUGUUUGAUGUGCUGUACACUCGGUAUGGUUCUAUGACAAUGCCUCAAGAUUUGCGUAAUUUCAUGGCACUAGAAUUUCUACUCGUUCCUCCCAUGUUAAAUCCCCUUAUUUAUGGACUAAAUCUGACAAAACUACGGAAGAUUGCCUUCACAAACUGCUCUAAAUGCAAUGACCAAUUAAUUAAUUUUCCAAAACUUUUCUCCUUAGAAUCUCCUCCCUUCUGUGUGGAUCCCUGA